UGCACUGCCUGCUUGUUUCGUUGCGUGGUUGACGCUUGUGGCAACCGAGACACAAAAAUGUUUGGCAGAAGUCGAGGUUUCCGAGGUUUCCGUCCACGAAAUAGCACCCACCAGGCCCUGCACGUGGCAACUCUGACUGUGGUCGGUGUCGUAACAGGCUACUAUAUCUUCAACGAGCCGCUCAAAACGGCAGUUGCCGAGGUCAAAGCCAAGGAAGCAGGGGAGCGCGCCGCAGCGGGAGGGGGGGGUAGAAGUUGCAGCGGUAUUGACACCAAGGGUAGUGACGGCAGCGGCGUCAGCAGCAAAAAGUCCAACGUAGAGGGUGGUAAGAAUGGUCCGCCGGCGGUGGCAGGCGUGGGGAAUGGCAGAUAGCGCGAAGAGAUUUUGAUCGCUUCGGGGCGUGUGUCGUAAACGGGUUUUCAAAUAGAUGUUGGUGUUGGUUUCUUCUAUUAUUUAUACGUCGUAAUGGCGCUCGUAUCGGAUAUGUAAGGCCUUCUUGAAACAACAAUUCAGUUGUGUGCAGCAGAACCAGGCAUGCAGCAUCUGCUAUGAACGUGUUUGGUUGUUCACCUCUUGUUUGAUGUUGAUAUCCAGACUGUUACUCUAGACCAGGAGGGAACCACCUAGUUGGUGCCAACACGCAACAGUAAUGGCGUUGAACAAAUAAAAAAACUACCUCAGUUUCCCUUUGUUCCGAUGGUACAUAAACAGACAGACACGGUUCGCUUCGCUACCAAGAAAACAGCAUUUUUUCGAUUCUUUACAGCUGGAUAUGAUGCUACCAUG